UCUGUUCCACCCGAUCUCUCCCGCCACCGAGCACCCAUAGCCGCCGCCGCCGCCGCCGCAUCCCCUCCUAGCGGCGGCGCCUACCCCGCUCUUAUUGUCUGUCUCGGCCGUCGCGUUUCCAUCCGUACCGCGAGGAGCAACAACCAUCAUGGCGGGCGCUCGCCGCGACGCCGGAAAGCGCCACUGCGGCGUUUACUCGAGCACCUUCCUCCAUCGGGAACGCGCUCCACAUCUUGCCCAGCAGGAAGCGGCCGAUGACCGUCCUCCAUGACGUCAGCGGGGUCGUCAAGCCCCGGAGGAUGACUCUGCUGCUCGGACCUCCCGGAUCAGGCAAGACCACCUUGCUCCUGGCGCUGGCAGGGAAGCUCGACAAGGACCUCAGGGUUUCAGGGAAGGUUACCUACAAUGGGCACGGGAUGAACGAGUUUGUCCCCGAGAGGACAGCGGCCUACAUCAGCCAGCACGAUCUCCACAUUGGGGAGAUGACUGUGAGGGAGACCUUGGCCUUCUCGGCGCGGUGCCAAGGUGUUGGCACUAGAUAUGAAAUGCUGACUGAGUUGGCGAGAAGAGAGAAGGCAGCAAACAUCAAGCCAGAUCAUGAUAUUGAUGUCUAUAUGAAGGCCUCAGCUAUGGGUGGGCAAGAAUCCAGUAUUGUUACAGACUACAUACUGAAGAUAUUAGGCUUGGAGGUCUGUGCUGAUACGGUGGUAGGAAAUGAGAUGAUGAGGGGUAUUUCUGGUGGUCAACGAAAGCGUGUCACAACAGGUGAAAUGCUUGUUGGUCCAGCAAGAGCUUUGUUCAUGGAUGAGAUAUCCACUGGACUGGACAGCUCAACCACAUACCAGAUUGUGAAUUCGCUUAGGCAGACUAUCCACAUCCUUGGUGGAACUGCAGUCAUUUCCUUGCUCCAGCCAGCGCCUGAAACAUACAACUUGUUCGAUGACAUUAUACUCCUAUCUGAUGGGCAUGUUGUAUACCAGGGCCCCCGUGAAAAUGUGCUCGAGUUCUUUGAGUUCAUGGGCUUCAGAUGCCCUGCCAGAAAGGGUGUUGCUGACUUCUUGCAGGAAGUGACAUCAAGGAAAGACCAGGGGCAGUACUGGUAUCGGCAGGACAGGCCAUACUGUUUUGUGCCUGUGAAGAAAUUUGCAGAUGCAUUCAGUACAUUCCACGUGGGCCGGUCCAUACAAAAUGAACUUUCAGAGCCAUUUGAUAGGACCUGGAGCCACCCUGCUGCUCUAGCUACUUCAAAGUUUGGUGUCAGCAGGAAGGAGUUGCUCAAAGCCACUAUUGACAGGGAGCUUCUACUCAUGAAGAGGAAUGCAUUUAUGUACAUUUUCAAGGCUGUUAAUCUUACUGUUAUGUCGUUUAUUGUGAUGACCACAUUUUUCCGUACCAAUAUGAAACGAGAAGAAUCUUAUGGAGGCAUCUACAUGGGAGCACUCUUCUUUGCCCUCGACACAAUCAUGUUCAAUGGUUUCGCAGAGCUUGCCAUGACUGUCAUGAAGCUUCCGGUUUUCUUCAAGCAGAGGGAUCUUCUCUUCUUUCCUGCAUGGGCCUACACCAUACCAUCAUGGAUUCUUCAGAUCCCUAUCACAUUUUUGGAAGUUGGGGUUUAUGUUUUCACCACAUACUAUGUCAUUGGAUUUGAUCCCAGUGUGAUCAGGUUCUUUAAGCAGUAUCUGCUGCUCCUUGCACUCAAUCAGAUGUCAUCUGCUCUUUUCCGCUUCAUUGCUGGAAUUGGAAGAGACAUGGUUGUGUCUCAUACCUUUGGCCCCUUAGCGCUGUUGGCUUUUCAAACACUGGGUGGCUUUAUACUUGCACGACCUGAUGUGAAGAAAUGGUGGAUUUGGGGUUACUGGAUCUCUCCUCUAUCCUAUGCACAAAAUGCCAUUUCAACAAAUGAAUUUUUGGGGCACAGUUGGAACAAAAUUCAAAAUGGAACAACCGUGGGAAUUGUUGUUCUUCGAAGUCGCGGUGUCUUUACUGAAGCUAAGUGGUAUUGGAUUGGGCUCGGUGCCUUGGUUGGAUAUACUCUCCUCUUCAACCUGCUCUACACUGUAGCUCUUGCGGUUUUGAGUCCAUUCACUGAUUCCCAUGGAUCAAUGUCUGAAGAGGAAUUGAAAGAAAAACAUGCCAGCUUAACUGGUGAAGUCAUAGAGGGUCAUAAGGAAAAGAAAUCUAGGAGGCAGGACCUGGAGCUGUCCCACAGCGUUGGCCAAAACUCUGUGCAUAGCAGCGUGGAUUCUAGUCAGAACAGGAAGGGAAUGACACUCCCAUUUCCACCAUUGUCACUUACCUUUAAUGACAUAAGAUACUCAGUGGACAUGCCCGAGGCAAUGAAAGCGCAAGGAGUGACAGAAGACCGUUUGCUUCUUUUGAAGGGUGUUAGCGGUUCUUUUAGGCCAGGAGUCCUAACUGCAUUGAUGGGUGUUAGUGGUGCUGGAAAGACCACCCUUAUGGAUGUCUUAGCUGGCAGAAAGACUGGGGGCUAUAUUGAGGGAGAUAUUACCAUAUCAGGAUAUCCAAAGAAGCAAGAGACAUUUGCACGCAUAUCAGGAUACUGUGAGCAAAAUGAUAUUCAUUCUCCACAUGUAACAGUGUAUGAAUCACUCCUAUUUUCUGCAUGGCUACGCCUUCCUUCAGAUGUCAACUUAGAAACAAGAAAGAUGUUCAUUGAGGAGGUCAUGGAUCUCGUAGAGCUCACAUCACUGAGGGGUGCACUUGUUGGGCUUCCUGGAGUGAGUGGUCUGUCAACUGAGCAACGCAAGAGGCUAACUAUUGCUGUGGAGCUUGUUGCCAACCCUUCAAUUGUUUUCAUGGAUGAGCCAACCUCCGGCCUUGAUGCUCGUGCAGCUGCAAUUGUGAUGAGGACUGUAAGGAAUACUGUCAAUACUGGAAGAACUGUCGUUUGCACCAUUCACCAGCCAAGCAUUGACAUAUUUGAAGCGUUUGAUGAGCUUUUCUUAAUGAAGAGAGGUGGAGAAGAGAUAUAUGUUGGUCCAGUGGGCCAGAAUUCAUCAAAAUUGAUUGAGUACUUUGAGGGAAUCGAAGGUAUUAGCAAGAUAAAGGAUGGAUAUAACCCAGCCACAUGGAUGCUGGAAGUGACCUCUAGUUCUCAGGAAGAGAUCCUUGGGGUUGAUUUUAGUGAAAUCUACAGGCAAUCAGAAUUAUACCAAAGGAACAAGGCACUCAUAGAGGAGCUGAGCACACCACCUUCUGGCUCUAUUGAUCUGAAUUUCCCUACACAGUACUCCAGAUCGUUUUUUACUCAGUGCCUAGCUUGCUUCUGGAAGCAGAAAAAGUCAUAUUGGAGGAACCCAUCCUACACAGCAGUUAGGUUACUGUUCACCAUCGUCAUUGCACUCAUGUUUGGAACCAUGUUCUGGGACCUUGGACGAAAAACUAAAAAACAACAGGAUCUGUUCAAUGCCAUGGGAUCCAUGUACGCCGCAGUUAUAUACAUUGGAGUGCAGAACUCUGGUUCGGUUCAACCAGUGGUGGUGGUGGAGCGAACAGUCUUCUACCGAGAACGAGCAGCGGGCAUGUAUUCAGCUUUCCCGUAUGCAUUUGGACAGGUCGCGAUUGAAUUUCCCUAUAUCUUUGUCCAGACUUUGCUAUAUGGAGUGCUAGUCUAUUCAAUGAUUGGAUUUGAGUGGACUGUUGCCAAGUUCCUCUGGUACAUGUUCUUCAUGUACUUCACACUGCUUUACUUCACGUUCUAUGGGAUGAUGGCGGUUGGCUUGACUCCGAACGAAAGCAUAGCAGCCAUCAUCUCAUCGGCAUUCUACAACAUUUGGAACCUCUUCUCAGGAUAUCUAAUCCCCCGACCUAAACUGCCUAUCUGGUGGAGGUGGUACAGCUGGGCCUGCCCAGUCGCAUGGACACUCUACGGAUUGGUUGCCUCCCAGUUUGGUGACAUCACGCAUCCGCUCGAUGACUCGGUGACAGGCCAGUCCGUGGCGCAGUUUAUCGAGGAUUACUUCGGCUUCCGUCAUGACUUCCUGUGGGUUGUCGCAGUGGUGCACGUUGGGCUGACCGUGUUUUUCGCGUUCCUGUUCAGUUUUGCCAUCAUGAAGUUCAACUUCCAGAAGAGAUGAGGACAGGAGGCCCAGGCUAUUGGUAAUUUUUGCAUUCGAUUUUUUGGCAGUGGGUGGACAGCAUGCCUGCUGUGCGUGUAGCAUAGACCAUCGAUUAGACUAAGUAGCUAUCAUGUAAAUGGUAUAUAGAGUUUAUUUUGAAUUUCAAGCGUAUAGAAACACUAGAAGUUGUAUAGACAACAAACAAAAGCCUUGCCUUGUAAAGAGUUGAGCUUCCUGCUCCCUGAUCAGCUGUAGCUGAUACCUGUCAAGAGGCACGGGGCGCUUCUCAGAGAAUGUAAACCAUAUACUGUCAUUCUGACGAAUCAAUGGGAGCAGAAUUUUGACCAAGUACCUCUGUAGCAGAUGUCUUGAGAAUGUCAGAUUGGUACCUCAUGCCUCCAUGGAGCUUACAGUACGGUUAGCUCUGCAGCGUGUUGAGCAUUGCUCGUGUAAGUGCAACUGCAUUUGCAGCAACCGUUUGACGGGUAGCUUAGCUUGCAACGAAGAGACACCUAUUUUUUGUUGCUGCACCAAAGUCCAAGAUUGCCUUUCAGAAAAAAAGAAGUCCAAGAUGGCAAUGAAGCAGAGCAGUGGCGGUUGACGAUGACGGAGGAGAGCAGAGGCCCCAAGUUGUCACCUAAAAUGCCAGCCGAGCGGGUUCCUCUCCCUCCUUCCCUGUCAAGCUUGAGCAUCUGCCUUUUCCUCCUCCGUCCAUGUGAUCUAAGCACGAGCACGACGACGAGGAGGAUGACAACAACGAUUGUGCCAAUUCAGAGGACACGCUUUGCAUUGAUCCAUACUGCAGGUGCCCUUAUCCAUACUGCAGUUUAUGUACUUCAUUUUUUGUUGCCACAACGAAACUGUGCAGAAACAAAUGAAUCCUCAACCACAGCUGGAUCUCCACAUUCACAUAGGCGGAUUGUCAAGUCGCUUUGA